ACCAUCUCCAAGAAGCAAUUAAUUCUGUGACGCGAGAUCAUAUACAAGGCGAGGGAAACGCAAUCGUGGGGGGCAGCGUUUCACUUCUAAAUUUCAUCAAAAGGGAGAAGAGCCUCUCUUGCUUCUCUUCUUUCGCUUCUCAUCGUAUCACAAUUCUCACAUCGAUCGUCAAAAUGCCACCAAGACCUGCCAAACGCGCGCACGACCUCAUCGACCUUACGGGUGACGAUGAGUCUGAGACGCGUCAGAAACGGCCCGCCCCUAACGGUCACCACAAUCAACAGCAACAUUCCCUUGGACGAGGUGGAACAAGCGUCUAUGGGAGUUCUUCAUCGCAAGCUGCGCCUUCAUCUACCACUGAUCCAGAUUACCUUGACUUGACACAAGAUGAUGACGGCCCCCCUCUUGAACUUUACGGGACCUUUCGUACGACACCCUCAUCUCACUUCAUUCAACUCAUUAACAUCAAUAGAUGGGAAGAUUGUUGGUGUGAGGUUCUACAGAGGAUAUGCUUCAGCGGGUGAAAACGUUCUUUGCAGGCGAGAACCCAACAACCAGUACGACUCCAACGCCAUUCGCGUUGACAACGUUGUCGGUGAUCAAAUCGGCCAUCUCCCUCGAAAGAUUGUUGAGACGCUCGCCCCAUAUGUGGAUCGUGGCGACGUGGUCCUCGAAGCCCAGCUCACGGGUGAGAAAGGUUUCUACGACUGUCCAGUUAAGCUCUUCUUCUAUGGACCUAGUGACCCGGAGGAGCGUUCCAGAAUCGAAGAAUCGCUAAAGAGGGACAGGCUUGUCAAAGCUACGGAGCUCAAGAACACUAGAAAGGAAGCUGAAGCCCGUAGAAAGGCAGCUAUGGGUCUUGUGAAUGGCAGCUCGACUCAUGGUCUUGGCCACGACCUUGCUGUUCCACAGAAGCCUGAGAUCACGAUGGACAAUGUCCUCCAGAAGAGUGAGGCGGUUGAGAUGCGCAAAGGCGGAGACGCAAUCAAGUCACUUGCUAUUGGCGAGGAUGAGCUUGCGAAGAUGCCAAUGGCCGAGCAGCCCGAACAGCUCAAGGCACAGCUUCUGCCAUACCAACUACAGGGCCUUGCGUGGAUGACCUCCAAAGAAAAUCCUCAGCUCCCCGAGAAAGGUUCCAAAGAGCCAGUGCAACUUUGGCUUCAUGAAUCCAAUAACCGUUUCCACAAUAUCGCAUCCGGCUUUGUCACAAGCACAGCUCCAAAACUCCUCUCAGGCGGUAUUCUUGCAGAUGAUAUGGGCCUCGGAAAGACCCUUCAGAUCAUCAGCUUAAUCCUUACUGGUGGCAAAGGUCCAACUCUCAUCGUUGCGCCCGUCAGUGUCAUGAGUAACUGGAGUCAGCAGAUCAGGCGCCACGUCAAAGGAGACCAGCAACCUAGCAUCUUCGUCUACCACGGUGGUGAGAAGUUACACCCAUUGCAACUUAAGAGGCAUGAUGUUGUGAUCACUAGCUAUGGAAGACUUGCCAGGGAGCGAGACUCGAGCGUUCCCAGAGCUAUAACCUCUCCACAAAUUAAGUGGCGGCGAGUUGUUCUUGAUGAGGGUCAUACCAUCCGAAAUUCCAGGACAAAGGUGGCCUUGGCAGCUUGUGAGAUCAACGCAGAGUCUCGCUGGGUUCUGACAGGAACACCUAUCGUAAACUCAGUUAAGGACCUUCACUCCCUGGUCAGGUUCCUUCAUAUCACUGGCGGUAUCGAGGAAUCCGAAAUCUUCAAUGCCCAAAUCACUCGCAAGUUAGCCAAUGGUGAACGCCAUGGCGAAGUACUUCUUCAGGCCCUCAUGCAUGACCUUUGUCUCCGUCGCAGGAAGGACAUGAAGUUUGUAGAUCUCAAACUGCCAGCCAAGAAGGAGUAUGUCCAUAGAAUUCCAUUCCGCAAGGAUGAGAAGCGCAAGUACGAUGCUUUGCUGGACGAGGCAAGAGGUGAGCUCGAGCAGUGGCAAGCAGGCUCACAAUCAGGACAGAAGGGACGAUUCCAGAACGUCCUUGAAAGGCUUCUUCGUCUUCGACAAAUCUGCAAUCACUGGACUCUCUGCAGAGAACGUGUUAGUGAUAUUCUCAAACUCCUUGACGAGCAUGAGGUUGUUCCCCUCAACGCCAAGAACCGCGGCCUUCUCCAAGAAGCUCUCCGCCUAUACAUCGAAAGCCAGGAAGAAUGCGCCAUCUGCUACGACAUACCGAACGACCCUGUCAUCACGACCUGCAAACACGUCUUUUGCAGAAACUGUAUCCUGCGCGCUAUCCAGAUACAGCACAAAUGCCCAAUGUGCCGCAACAGGUUGGACGAGGACAGUCUUCUUGAGCCGGCGCCUGAAGACGCAGGCGACGAUACACGUGAUUUUGACGCCGACUCGCAGAGUUCCAAAACAGAAGCAAUGCUACAAAUUCUGAAGGCGACGAUGAAUAAGGAGGGAUCAAAGGUGGUUGUGUUUUCUCAGUGGACAUCGUUUCUCAAUAUUGUUGAGGCGCAGCUCAAGAAAGAAAACAUAGGCUACACUCGUAUUGACGGCAGCAUGAAAGCUGAUAAGCGAGACAAAGCCAUAGAGGCUCUCGACAGCGACCCCAAGACACGAGUGAUGCUCGCCAGUCUUUCUGUUUGCAGCGUCGGUCUUAAUCUCGUUGCAGCUGACACCGUCAUCCUCUCUGACAGCUGGUGGGCACCUGCCAUCGAGGACCAGGCUAUUGACCGUGUCCAUCGUCUAGGACAGACCCGCGAGACUACCAUCUUCCGACUCGUCAUGGAAGGUUCUGUUGAGGAGCGCGUGCUAGAUGUGCAGGGCGAGAAGCGAGAGCUUGUGACAAAAGCAUUCAGAGAGAAGGGAAACAAAAAGCGUGAGAAUUCACGCGCCGCAGACAUUUCCAAGCUACUUGGUUAGGGGCGUGUCUGACAGCAUAGGCGUUGGUUUGGUAGGGAGUUACUGGUUGUGAAAUACCCAGGCUUGCAGCGUAGAAUAAUUGUGCGGAAAGGGAUAUGUAUACUCAGCAUCGGAGAUGCGAGAAAUGGGUUGUCAAUAAGUGUAGCCCGUAAAAUAAAGAGUCUUAAUCGAC